AUGAAUAUUGUCGAAUCGAUGGUUCGACGUCUCAUGAGGAUAGAAUCGAGGCUAUCGAUGAUUAUAAUGCACCAGAUUCAAAGAAAAUUUAUCUUCUUGUUGACAACAAGAGCGGGUGGUUUGGGUAUCAAUUUAACUACUGCUGAUAUUGUUAUUCUUUAUGACUCUGAUUGGAACCCCCAGGCAGAUUUGCAGGCUAUGGAUAGAGCGCAUAGAAUUGGACAGAAGAAACAGGUUCAGGUAUUCAGGUUCGUGACUGAAAAUGCAAUAGAGGAGAAAGUUAUGGACAGGGCUGCCCAAAAAUUGAGAUUAGACCAACUUGUGAUUCAACAGGGUCGACAGGCUACUGGGAAUAUUGGAAAUUCUGCUGAUGAUUUGCUAGGUAUGAUUCAACAUGGCGCUAAGGCUGUCUUCGAAUCGAACAAAAGUACCAUGCUCCAUGAUGAUAUUGAUGCUAUUCUUGCUAGAGGAAGAGAGAAAACUGCUUCACUUAAUGCAAAAUUCAACAAAUUAGGCCUUGAUGACCUUCAAAACUUUACGUCAGACGCUUCUGUCUACGAGUGGAAUGGGCAAAAUUUUGCUAAACGCGAACACGAAGAAGCAGGUCUUACUUGGAUUCAUCCAACUAAACGUGAAAGAAAGGAACAAACGUAUUCGAUAGACAACUAUUAUAAGGAUGUUCUAAAGGCUCCUGCGGGCCAAGGUAAACAAGGACCCGCAACCAAAAUCAAACAACCGAAAGUAUACCAUCCGCAGGACCACCAAUUUUUCUCCCCCGAAUUGAUUGAUCUUCUUGAAAGGGAGCAACUUGCAUACAAGAAAGAAGUAGGAUAUGUGUACUCUGUGGAUGAUUUUGGUGAUAGUGAAGAAGAAUUUCUGAGUGAAGAUGAGGACAUGUCAAGAGAAGAACGUCUCAAAAUUGAGCAAAAGAAAAUUAAGGACGCUGUUCCACUUACAGAAGAAGAACAUACUCGCAAAGAAGAAUUGGUCGAUGAAAGUUUUCAUACAUGGUCACGGCGUGAUUUCACAAAUUAUAUACAUAGUUGUGCCAAAUAUGGCAGACAUUCAUACAAGCAGAUUGCUGAAGCUCUCGGUAAAGAUGUUACCGAGAUUGAGAGAUACACGAAGAAGUUCUGGGAGAGGUAUAAGGAGAUUGAAGGGUACGAGAAAUACAUCGCUCAGAUUGAAGCAAGCGAAAAGAAAGUGGCGAAGCUUCAUAUCCAGCAAAGUUUGUUAGCCUCUAAGAUUGAAGCAUUAGAUGACCCUCUUGAGGAUCUCAAGAUCCAAUACCCUCCAAAUAAUUCCAAGCGUGUCUAUUCUAAACUUGAAGAUAGGUUUAUCAUGUUCUGUGUCCACAAACAUGGUCUUCUAAGUGAAAGACUUGGUGAAAAGAUAAAGCAAGAUAUAGCGGAGAGCGAUCUUUUCAGAUUUGACUGGUAUAUCAACUCUAGAACUCCACAAGAGAUCAGCAGAAGGGUCAACACACUCAUGCUUGCUUUAGCAAAAGAAUCAGACGGUGCAUCUGGGUCUAAAAGGAAAACUAAGCAAUUGAACGGGGCAUCUACGAGGCAAAGUUCUGUUGACCCUAGCACAGUUGAAGCAACGCCUGACCCAACUUUUUCGGAGUCUCCUAAUAACAAGGCGAAAAAACGCCCGAAUGGAGAGGCUGAAGUGGAAACUAGAACAGUUAAAGUGGAGAAUGACUAA